UCUCAUUGCCUAUAGUUUUUGUGUAAGUCAAUUUUCCAGAGUGACAACUCUCACCACCUGGCUAGAGUCCGCCCAGACGCAGCCCUGAUCAAGUGCUUCCUCACCAAUCAGCCUCGGCUUUCCCACGCACCAUCAAGGCCCUGUAAAACAAUCUUGCCUAACGUGUUGUUUAGGUUCUUAAAUCGAAUCAUUAUGAGUUAGUGCUCAACACUGUCUUUUAUUUUAAAACAGCUAACUAUUCCAGGUUUUUUACCUUUCCUUUUAUAGCCGUUGCCACCUGAAUCUCUCACUCAAAACGCUCCCCCACCCUUCCUCCUUCCCAAGAAGGAAUCUCUCCCUCCCCCCUUCAACUUUACGCUUUUCCAUAAACUAGAGCUAACUAUUAUGCGCCAUGGAGCGCACCACCUCCCUCCGCCUCUCCUUACUCCUCAUCCAUCACCCACCAUAAACUCCGCCGCUGCAGCCGGCGGCCACCAUCACCCAAUGCUGGUUUCCGUUUUCUUAGCCCUUUUGCUUCCAUGCGCCGGCAUGAGUGCAGUUUUUAUCGUUUACGUCUGUAUCUUAUGGUAUGCUUCAAAUUAUCGGACAGAUAAUCCAGGGACGUUGGCCACUAAGCAGGUGGGGGAGAAAGGGUUGUCGGUUUCAGAGCUGGAGAAGCUGCCUAAGGUUACAGGGAAGGAGCUUGUGUUGGGGACUGACUGCGCCGUUUGUCUGGAGGAGGUAGGUGCGGAGCAACCGGCUAGAAUGGUUCCCGGUUGUAAUCACGGGUUUCAUUUGGAAUGCGCUGAUACAUGGCUUUCCAAGCAUCCGAUUUGCCCUGUUUGUAGGGCCAAGCUUGAGCCUAUGCUGUUCGACCCUUCUGAUGUUAAUCCCUGACAAGCCUUAAGAGUUAAGCCCUUAACUUUUAUAAGAAACAGGAAAUGGUCCUCUUUCUAAGAGUGUAUAAAGUUCAGUGUUUGGUGUUUGUAUGAAGAUUUUCCUGGGGAAGAGAAGAACGUUGUUCAUCUAAGUUUAUCACUUUCAUAUAUCAACAUGCAUGUAUGGGUUUUCUCUUUCUUCUUUUGUGAUAUGGUUAAAUCGAUUUCCUUCUUC